AUGGCCUCGCUCGUGGAGCUAGGCUUCGCGGAGGAGGCGCCGGCAUGGCGCCUGCGCAACGCGUUCUUUCCCAGCAAGGUGGGAGGGCGGCCGGCGUGGCUGGGCGAGGCGGGGCUGCCCGGGCCCGCGGCGCUGUCCUGCCCGCGCUGCGGCCACCCACCCGCCUUCCUCCUGCAGCUGUAUGCGCCGCUGCCGGGGCGCCCCGACGCCUUCCACCGCGGCCUCUUCCUCUUCUGCUGCCGGGACGCGUCGUGCUGCGCCGGCCUGCGCGCUACUGGGUGCAACGCGCGACCGUUCAAGCGCUCGGUGGACGGUGGCCAGCCCCUCUUCCUAGAUGGCGUUGUCACCUGCCAGGUUCCCUUUGGGAGGCAGCCGCUCUUCACACUUUGUGCCCUUCCGGAGCCCUCCUGUGAGCUGGGCGACAAGAUUCCAGACCACGGCUUCCUUUUUCCAGAAUAUGAGAUUGUGAGAGAGACAGAGGACGAGGUCCCUCCUGACGUUCUAGAUGAGGACGACGACGUGGAGCCUGCAGGGAGUGUGGGGGAUGUGCUGGCGGAAGAGUUGGAAUCCAUGGCAAAGCAUGAGUCCAGGGAAGAUAAAAUUUUUCAGAAGUUUAAAAGGCAGAUAGCCCUGGAACCCGAGCAGAUUCUCAGGUAUGGCCGUGGGGCGGCCCCCGUCUGGAUCUCUGCUGACAAUGUCCCUCAGGAAGAGGAUAUCCCAAACUGUCCUUGUGGUGCCAAGAGAGUCUUUGAAUUCCAGGUCAUGCCACAGUUGCUCAACCUCCUCAAGGCCGACAGCCUGGGCCGGAGCAUUGACUGGGGCGUCUUGGCUGUCUUCACCUGCGCAGACAGCUGCACGCUGGGUGCCGGCUAUGCGGAAGAGUUCGUGUGGAAGCAGGACGUGAGCGCCACAGCCUAG